UUUUUGUUUUGCUUUCAUCAAGUGGAUUUUUUUUAGAAAAGUUUAUUGCACUCAAAUAAAAAUUUAUAAAAAUAUUAUAGAAAUAUAUAAAACAACUUGAUUUACAUUUCACAACAUUAUGAAAAUUAAAAUCUGUUUAAAUAAAAGUGUUUAAUUAAAGUAAAUAUUGAAAAUAAAACGCAAUAGUAAAUAAAAAAUGUCAUGAACCACAAAAAGUAAAAAAAGAAAAAUGGCGGGAAUUUGUACUAUAGAAAAUUUUCUAAUAUUUUUUGAGUGUACCCCACGAAGAAAGAGCUUGUCGGCGGGUAUUAUCACGUUGUAACUACAAAAGAGCGACAAUAAUACAUACCUACAUGCAUACAUAUUUAUUAAAGUUUCAAAUCAUAUGAAAAUAAAAACAACAACAAAACAAGAAAAUCAAGCAGAGACAAAAGCAGCAGCAAAACAGAAAACAAAAACAACACGUAACAAAAAAAGAACGUCUACGUUUGAUUUUUUCAUAAACUUCUUCAUUGACCCAAAUAAAAUUAAAAAUUAAAAUUUAUUUAAAUAAAAAUAAAAUCAAAAUAUUAUUUAUUUUUAAAAACAAAUUGCAAAUAACUAAAAAUAUAUUAAAACAAAUCGAAAAAAGUGAAAACAAAACAAGUGCACACAUGCCGUUUUAUACAAAUUUACGUAUAAAUCAAGAAAAUAUUGAUACUCCAUCAUCUUUGCUCAUUGGUUCCUUUUCCAUGUUUGUAAUAUUUUUCUAUUUAAAAUUACUUUAUAUUUUGGUGGCAAUUUAUUUAUCCUUACACUACGUACACUGAGACUAAGAGAAGAGAACAGUAGCACUACUGUCAUUAAAGAUUACUGUGGGAAAUAUUGAAGAACAAGCAACAUGUAUCAUUUCACGGCAGACCAUCCCCCUGAGCCCGUAAGACUUUCAUUUCGUGCUUUAAUACCCGGUCACAUACGUCAAUAUCUUAAGGAUUUCCAAUUGGAUGCCAUACGUUUUAUGCACAACUUUUUGGCAAAAGGAGAAUUUUGUGUUUACAACGAUGAAAGUGGCUUGGGUAAACAGGCCGCUGUAGCCGUUCUGUUGGAUGCAGCUUGUAGUAGUAAGAAAUGUUUAAUUGUUGUCCAAAACGAUGACCGUUAUGUUAAUGGUUGGGAGUUUCACUUUAAUGUUUUAACAAAUACCAAUGUUACGGUUAUAAAAGAUGAAAAAGAUUCCACCGAUUCUGCUCAUAAUAUAUACAUUGCAAAAUGGAGUACACUGAGGACAAUAGAUGAUUUGAGUAAAUUUAAAUUUGAUUUCAUAAUACUCGAUAAUCGUGGCCAAAUGUUAAAUAAUAGUUUUUGCACUUCAAUGCUACUCAAACAUUAUGAACGUAAAAUUAGUAUAUUGAUCUCUAGUGUUGAUAUAACAAGUGAUUUAAAACUUCUGCACAAUUGCUUGAGAUUAGGGGGACGUUUAGAUCCUCAAUACUCGAGCUUUAAGGCAUUCGAAGAGAAAUUUAAACUACCCGAUGCCAAGGAAUUGGCUUAUAAACGUGUGGAUUUAGAGGAAUAUUUUUGUAAAAGAGAACGUUUGGCCGACUACUGCAAAGCUUUUCGAUUAAGACGUUAUUGCCAUCAAUUUGAGAAGCAAUUACCUUUGGUAAAAGAGGAUCGUUAUAAAAUCAAUCUGGAUUUAUGGCGUGAAAAACAAAAUACCACCAAUUCGGAAAGUAGCAGCAUCGAAUAUGUUAAUAAUCACAAUCGUGAAGAUGAACACAUUAAAGACACCCAGGAACUGUUCGAAGAGUAUUGUAGGCAAAGAAGGAAACAACAUUUACAGUUCCAACAGGAAGAGGAAAAACGUUUAAGGGAAAGGGAACAAGAAAUGCUGAAAAGUUUACAAGCUGAAAAUGAAGUUAUCUAUAAUGUAGAUGAUGAAGUCGCUUUGAUAAAUGAAACACCUCCCAUAGUUACGGAAAAGCCACCUGUUGCACGAGAUAAUUCCGAUGAAGCGGUUUUAAUGUCACCUUUAUUGGUAAUGUCCGAUUCGGAUGCCGAUGAUGAACCAGAAAUAUGCCAUGAUCCUAAUAAUGAUAUAGAAAUAGUAGAUUUAGCCAGCGAAGAAAGAGAAGAACAGGAAGAGCUAAAUAAACAAAGUAAUGCUAAUGCAGCUGCUGUUGAAAAUAAGCAAAUAGAGGAGAAUAGUAAGAAAAGUUCAAAUAACACCAACAAGGUGGCAAAAAGGGGUUAUAAAAAACGAUCUGAGUUGGAUAGACUGGAUGAAGAUAUUGUGGAUACAUUAAAAAUUACCGAAACGCCAAAAAGAUUAACGAGGCAUGCCAAGGAGGAGGUAUGCUCAGCUAAAAGACUUAAAGAUAGAUUAGAGGAAAAACGGGCAGAGAAGAUAAAUGCCAGAAGAACAAAUUCCAAUGAAAGAGUAGCCAAAACAACAAAAGAGAAUAACAACAAUAGCUCUGCUAGCAAUACUAAAGCAAUCAUUAAAACUGAACCAAAAACACCCACAAAAAGCAAUAAAGCCCAAAAGACUACAGAAGAAAAACAAAAGGAAACAUCAAAUUCAAAAGACAAGCCAGCAAUAGAAAAUAAUACUACAACAAAGCAAUUGAAAGCUACAAAAGAUAAUACAAACAAUACAACUAAUACUAAUGCGAGCACCAAAUCUAAGACAAAAACUGCAAAUAAACAAAGUACGGAAACAAAUGAAACAAGUACAGCAACAACUCCUUUAACUUCAAGAAAAGCCAGAACCGGGCCAAUUGAAAAAGAGAAGGAAGGCAAUAAAACUACCACAAAAACUAAAGACAAUCAUAAGGUACAUAUCAAACAGGAGCGUUUAGAAGAAACACCACAAACUAACAGCUCUUCAAACGCUACUCAAACUAAAGUAGUAAAUAGUGAAAAAAUACGUUUAAAACGAGAAUUGGAAAUAACACCGGUGGGUGUACACAAUAAGGAGACACGUAGCAUGCAACGUUUAACAAGAUCUGCGGGCGGUUCUAGUAAAUAUUUAACGAAAAAUUUGGCACUACAAAUAGAUAAAGUAAAUAAACCAAAAAAGAAAGCAAACGAAAGGGAAAUCACAACAAAAACUACAGCGAAUAAAACUAAAAAGGCAACAGAAGAUAAAACAAAAGAGUCGGAAAAAAAUACACAAGCUUCUAUCAUUUCCCAAAGAAGUUCUCAAGAUUUUGAAGCACUACAGUGUGCUCAACGUUUAAGUGAUGCGGGCGCUUAUGAUAAUGGGCUGGAAAAGUCAACGGAAUUCUUGGUGCCGCCUACACCAAAUGUUUUAGCGCGAAAUUCUCUGAUACCCUCCUCCUUAAACUCUUCGGCCGGGUUCUUUAGCGAAACUGAUGUUAUAUUCAUACCACCUAGCCCGCUGGGCGUUACAAACAAUAGGAAACGUGAUAACGUUAUAACGCUUUCCAGUUCUGAAAAUGAAAACAGCACUUCACAAUCGUCGUCAACGAAUAUUUCAGCGACUAGCCGCAGAACACGUGCCUUAAAACCAAAACGUAAUCUACAAAACACCCAAAGCGAAGCCAGUAAAGUACCCAGUUUUUCGGAAUUGUUAGCCCAACAGAAUACACGUACAAGUGCCAAAUCACCAGAUCUCUUUAGUAAUUGCUCAGAUUUACUGCCGCUACCCUGUACACAACCACCUGUGGAGAGUGAAGAACCUAAUACACCCUUUGAAGGUUUUAAAAUUUUCGGUUCAGAAGUCAAGCAAUUGCAGCAACAUUAUGCUUUCUCUAAAAAUAAUAAUACCAACAUAUCAAAUGCUAGUGCUAAGAAAUCCUAUCGAGAACAGCGUAGCUGUUUAGAUAUUUUAGAAAAAAUGUUUGAACCCUCUAAUAAAAAAUCAAAGACCACAACAAAUGAAACGUCUAAUAGCGCUAGCAGCUCACCCACAAAAAAAUCAAAACGUAAUGCUAACAUGGCAAAUAAACAGAAAUCCCAGGCUCCUAUAUUACCCUCACAUCCCAUAGAAGCCAUAGCAGAGGCACGUCAACAGCAAGAACUACAAAAACGCAAACGUCAUUCUACGCCUUCUACUUCAGCGGGCCUGCAGGAGGAUGAAAUCUUCGAAAUCACCAAUAAUGGCACCUUUGGCAGUGUUAUGCGUUUACACUCCAACGGUGAUAUAUCACCCGUACCGCAAACCCAAAAGUCCCAAAACAAACAACACAAUAAAAUCACCAAUUAUCUCAUAGGUAAUGCCACACAAAAUGGAAGCUCUGGCUCACAAGAAGAAACAGCAACGCCCAAUAGUGGUCACAGUGGAGGCUGUAGUGGUAAUAAUAUGGAGGCUGGUACUCCUAGUAAGCGUCAUCAACAGUUAACGGCCGUACAAAAUUCGAAUGUUAAAAAAUCACCUAAAGGUAAAUGUAAUUCAACACAGGCUACUAAACUAACUAAAUGGUUUACAAAACCUUCCGAACUGAGUCGUCAACCAAGUCAAGUGACCAAAGCUAAGUUAAUGAAUUCAAAAAAGACACCCACCAAACAACAACAACAACAACAUCAAGUGCCAGCGGUAAGUGAAGAAGUUGAUUUGACUAGAUCCUCACCACCAGCGACCACAGCAACAACAGGUAAAAGAAUUCUUAAAAGACGUAGACUAGAUUUAUCUUUUAAUAAGUAGUUCUCAUUAUUUUCUUCUUAUUAUUAAAGGCUGGUGUUUAGAAGGUCAUUAAUUAGUGAUUUGUUUAUAAUUAGUUAGUUAAAGGAAUCAGGAUUAACCAAGGAUAUUUUUGAGACUUUAAUACAAUCUUUAGAAAAAGUUUCACAACUAAACUUUUUUCAGGUUUGCGCUUUAUUAUGGCUAUGAAAUGGCUUCCAUAGAAGUCAUUUUAAUGUUUUUAUUAGGAAGUGCAGGUAAACAAUUUACAAAGAAUCAAUUUGUAAUAAAUUUUUUAGAAAAUUAUCUUCAAACUUGGACAUUACAGAAAGUCUUUGAUCAAGUAUUGGUAUUCCAAGCAAAUUUGAAUUAAAGUUUUCUCAUAGAUUUGUUAAAAAAUUUUCUUUUAUUAAACCUUUAGUAUUUUUUAAUUAAUAUUGGGGUUAGUUAACGGGUAACAAAGCAAUUGCAUUAGAAAUCUUAUUUCUUUUCUAUUCUUUCUAAACACCAACAAGAAAAUUUUCUUUUAGCAAAAAUUACUAUUACAUAUUUAUGAAAUUGGGUUUAGGAUUAAAGAAAUAAAUAAUUAAAUUAUUUUUUUUUUCGAUUUAACCAUGAAUACAGUUCCAAUUGCAGUUAAAAUGUUGUUUAACAAAUUUUCAAACAAAAGUUCGAAAUUUCGAAUAUUCGAACAUAUCUUAAUAAUAAUGUAUUCUGAAACUACAUUAAAACUAAUUUAAAAUUAUGACAAAAACUUUUAAAUUUUCAAAAUUUUUAAGUUCAAAAUUAAAAAAAUUUAUGAAAAAGUUUCUCAUAAUAAAAAUUUCAAUAUAAUUUGUAAAAAAUGAUUUAAAUAUUAAUUUUAAAAUGUUAUUUUUGUUAUUAGCUUAGUUAAUGUAACCUUUGGAACUUAUUAAUUAUAAAAUCUUAUAUAUUUCUUUAACUCUAAACCCGGACUUCAUUUUUCAAAACGUACAACAUAUCAAAUGUUUAAAAAAAAAAGUAAAACAUUUGUUAAAAUGAACAUAACUACCUUUAAAUAAUUGCAAUAAUAACGCUAAAACGUUAUGAUUUUAUUAAAAUUAAACUAAAUCUAUAAAAUAAAAUAAAAAUUUAUUAAACCAAUCUACAUAAUUAUUUUGUUAACUAAGAAAAAAAAUUUGAAUUAAAAACAAAAACACCAAGUAAAAGUAGUUUUAAUUUUCAUUUAUUAUGCAAUCACAAAAGUCUUCUUCUUUCUUUAACAAAAAAAAAAUAAAUAAGGGAAACUAAACAAAAUAUUAAAAAUAUUUAUUUGGAUUUUAAAUUGUACAACAACUUUUACUUUACAUAUAAUUAUUAUAUAUUUUAAACAUUUUUAUAUUAUUUUUUUCUUUCACUUUUCUUAAAUACACAUACAUAAUUCUACUAAAUUAAGCUGUUUACUUUGAAAUACAUACAAAUAAAAAUAUAAAAAAAAAA